GAGGGAUAACAUGAGGACUGCGGUCCUGUGGGGCCUGCUGGCCCUGCUGUGUCAGUAUACACUAGUUAGCAGCCACAUACUGGGGAGGCCCUCUUCUACUGGUGACCUGGCUCAGCUCAAGUCUCUACUGGAGCGCUUUGAAGAGACUGUGGCUGAAGCAGGGCAGGAGGACUCUGAGGCAGAUUACCAGGGGACAAACCAACAGCCUGAGAACAGCCAGGCCAGCCGGGGAUGGAGCCUGGACCAGGAGGAGGACCAAGAACCUUUGAUAUCAGAAAGAUCUAAAUUACCAGCUGAGGGUCACAGCAGGACCAUGAGUCAGAGGAGCCAUCUACAGGACCUGCUGAUGACCGCCAGGAAACGGGCCUCUGGCUGCUUUGGAGCCAGGAUGGAUCGAAUAGGAAAUGCCAGCGGCCUGGGAUGCAACAAUGGAAGAGGGUAAUCGGACAGUUUCCUGUGACACAUGCUGGAAUGGAGUUUUAUCUUCAGCUGAGGACACAUCCAGACAGAUUGCAUUUGUAUGGUUUUGCAUUAGUCACACUUCAACUAUGUGUGUAUCUCAUAUGUAUACUUGUCAGUUAUGUAAUGAAUUCUGUUGAGUCCAUUAUACACUGUGUAACAUUAAAAGGAAGUGAAGUACAUAGUUGUGGGUGGGUUUCAAACAAAUAAACUUUUUUUCAUAUGUAGAA